AUGGAUCCAAAACGACCACCCUUUCCCAGUCCUCCAGGGGUCAUCCGGGCACCAUGGCAGCAGUCGACAGAGGAUCAGGGUCAUCUCUUAGACCAGCCUCCAUUGGGACGGGCCAGAGGUCUUAUCAUGCCCAUAGAUGAACCUCUUCCUGGACGAGGUAGAGCUUUUGGUGUACCUGGAGAAAUGCCGGUGAGAUUUGGAAGAGGGAUAACUCAGUCUAUAGCUGCUGAGCCUCUGGUGGGCAUGGCUAGAGGUGUGAGGUUACCUAUGGAAGAGGGAGGUUUUGGGCGAGGACGAGGUUUUUUGCUGCCCCCUCCUGAGCCCACUGUUGGGAUAAGGAGAGGGGCUGCUGUGGGACCAGUGCCUACACUGGAUAUUGAAAGAGCAGAGGUGCAAGAAAAGAUGCCUGAGCUGCAAUCGGAGGUGGCUCCAACUGUUUCCAAGGUUGGCUCUCCUGGAACUGGAUCGUCACUGGUGUCCAUGUUUAGGGGUCUGGGAAUUGAGCCAGGAAAGACAUGGGGCAGAGGUGCUGCACCUGUUGGACGGGGUGCAGCAGGUGAUAUGGGGGCAGAUUUCCAGCCUAAACCCACCAUCAUUGGAGCAUCUUUGACUCCAAAAAGAGAAGAGGCUCGCUCAGAAGAAUCUAUCAGUUUCCUAGGUAGAGGAUUUACUGGUUUUGGCAGAGCAGCAAUGCCUCAUAUGAGUGUUGGUCGUGGACCGAUUGGCCCAUCAAGUCCUUCCCCUUCCAUCGCUGCCCCUUUCUCUUUGAUUUCUGCUUCCUCUGCCUCUGAAGAUGCCCCAGUUGCUCCAGGAACACCACCUAAAGUUGAAGUCAAAAUUGAGACAGUGAAGGAACCUCUGCAGAAAAUAGGAACCAAAGGCAGUCCCAUAUCUAUCGGAUCAAACUACAUCCCCAUCUGCUGCAAAAACUAUGCAGUGUUCCAGUACCAUGUUACUUUUACCCCGAACGUUGAAUCACUUAGCAUGCGCUUUGGUAUGAUGAAGGAGCAUCGGCCCACUACUGGAGAGGUGGUGGCUUUUGACGGAUCUAUCCUCUACCUGCCAAAACGUCUGGAAGAGGUGGUUCAUCUGAAGGCUGAAAGGAAAACCGACAAUCAGGAGAUCGACAUCAAGGUCCAGUUGACAAAGAUUCUGCCACCCAGCUCUGACCUUUGUAUCCCGUUCUACAAUGUGGUCUUAAGGAGAGUGAUGAAAAUACUGGGGCUGAAGCUGGUGGGCAGAAACCAUUACGACCCCAAUGCAGUAGUGAUUCUGGGCAAACACAGGCUUCAGGUGUGGCCUGGAUACUCCACCAGUAUCAAGCACACCGAUGGUGGCCUCUACCUGAUUGUGGAUGUCUCGCAUAAGGUGCUGCGAAACGACUCUGUGCUGGAUGUCAUGAACUUGAUUUAUCAAGGAAGCCGUGAGAGCUUUCAGGAUGAAUGCACAAAGGAGUUUGUUGGUUCAAUCGUCAUCACACGCUAUAAUAACCGCACAUACCGUAUCGAUGACAUCGAGUGGUCCAAGUCUCCCAAAGACACUUUCACCUUGGCUGAUGGAUCUGUGACGACGUUUGUCGAUUACUACAGAAAGAACUAUGGGAUUACCAUAAAGGAACUGGACCAACCGCUGCUCAUCCAUCGUCCAAAAGAGAGGUCCAGACCAGGAGGAAAGGUUAUAACAGGGGAAAUCCUUCUGUUGCCGGAGCUCUCCUUCAUGACCGGCAUCCCUGAGAAAAUGAGGAAAGACUUCAGGGCCAUGAAGGAUCUGACAAUGCACAUUAAUGUGGGAGCUCAGCAACACACCCAGAGUCUCAAGCAGCUGCUGCACAACAUCAACAGUAAUAAUGAAGCUCUUGCAGAGCUGGGCCGCUGGGGCCUCAGCAUCAGCCAGGAGAUUCUAGUGACUCAAGGAAGAACUCUGCCCAGUGAGACCAUCUGCUUGCAUUCAGCCUCUUUUGUCACAUCUCCGGCAGUAGACUGGUCCAGAGAGUUGGUUCGAGACCCCUCCAUCAGCACUGUCCCUUUGAACUGCUGGGCUGUUUUCUAUCCCAGACGGGCAACUGAUCAGGCUGAGGAGCUGGUGACCACUUUUUCAAGGGUAGCUGGUCCUAUGGGCAUGAGAGUGGAGCGACCCAUCCGUGUAGAGUUACGCGAUGAUCGAACUGAGACCUUCGUCAAGAGCAUUCACUCUCAACUUACCAGCGAGCCUCGUGUGCAGCUAGUCGUGUGCAUCAUGACUGGAAACAGAGAUGAUCUGUAUAGUGCCAUCAAAAAGCUUUGCUGCAUCCAGAGUCCAGUACCAUCACAGGCAAUCAACGUUCGGACCAUCUCACAGCCACAGAAGCUCCGCAGUGUUGCUCAAAAGAUCCUUCUGCAGAUUAACUGUAAGCUUGGAGGAGAGUUGUGGACAGUGAACGUUCCUCUGAAAUACCUGAUGGUGAUUGGGGUGGAUGUUCACCAUGAUACCAGCAAGAAAAGCAGAUCUGUCAUGGGCUUCGUGGCAAGUCUCAACAGCAUGUUGACCAAAUGGUACUCCAGGGUGACCUUCCAAAUGCCUAAUGAGGAAAUUAUCAACGGCUUCAGAGUGUGUCUUCUGGCUGCCCUGCAGAAAUACUACGAGGUGAACCACGCCUUCCCUGAGAAGAUCGUCAUCUAUCGCGACGGUGUGUCUGACGGACAGCUGAAGACCGUGGAGCACUACGAGAUCCCUCAGAUUUUGAAAUGCUUCGAGACUAUCCCAAACUACGAGCCCAAGCUUGCAUUCAUUGUGGUGCAGAAAAGAAUCAGCACAACCCUGUACUCCUACGGGUCAGACCACUUCGGGACACCCUCGCCAGGAACUGUGCUGGACCACACUGUGACAAACAGAGACUGGGUGGACUUCUACCUAAUGGCACAUUCCAUUCGACAGGGUUGUGGCCUGCCCACUCAUUACAUAACAGUGUACAACACCGCAAACCUCACUCCUGACCACCUGCAGAGGUUGACCUUCAAGAUGUGUCACCUAUACUGGAACUGGCCUGGAACAAUACGCGUUCCUGCACCGUGCAAAUACGCCCACAAACUGGCCUUCCUGUCUGGCCAGUACCUUCAUUCAGAGCCUGCAAUCCAGCUCUCAGAGAAACUCUUUUUUCUGUGAAUGAAAGGCGUUCAGCAUCUCAACGGAACCCCAAAUGGGUCAGACCUUUGACUUUCGUUCUUAGUUUUGUUUUAAUAAUGUUCUUAGGAAAGUG